AUCUGACCCGCGUCUACUUGUCUCUGAUAGUGCCUAUGUUCUUCACAGGCUUGGAACUGAGAAUUCAGCACUUUCAUCAGUGUAUUUAAUCGUGUUCUUUUUGGCAAUUGUCUUUAAAGCGGAGCAACGCUUUAACGAAUCGCGAUACGAUGAAAAAAAUGGCAGAAGCGUAUUGUGUUUUAGAUUAACCGUAGAUCAGGUCGUGAAGGGAGAGCUGGUAAAUCUCCGUUACGUACGAUACCAAAAUGUGCUUAAUCUACAGCUGUUCAUUGUUGAUAAUCUGAGCGGUUCGGAAAAAACACGCGUAACCUCGAUGAAGAUCUAUGGAACACCGUUGUGCACAACCAACAUGCAAGAGUUUAAGAGGGUUGCUGGCAAGAAAGGCGAGUUUCACUGA